UCUCCAUGCAGGUCCCAGGCUGCACUUGUCCUACAUGUGGAGCACACGCUGGUUAUCUGUAAGCCUGGGAUUGCAAUGUGUUAACAAGUCCCAGCAGCAGCAGCAGCAGCAGCAGGCGUGGCCAGCAGGCUGGAGAGCAGGAGGGGGGGAGGCUGCUAUAUAACUAGUGAUUGGGAUCAGAGUGCACAAUCCCACAAAGUGACUAUGAGAGAGGAUUACUGCAAAGUGAUUCAGGGUUUAUCAUCACCACUGGACAGGGAAAGCCAAUGCACGGAUUAGCACAAAUAUGCUGGGGCUCCACAACAGCUGAACGGAUUUUCUACCAGCUACCUGAACUGGAGAGCCUCAUCCUUUCCUUAUGAAGAAGACAAAAACUUGGAUUAUCACAUGUAUUUAUCUUCAACUGUUUUUUGUAUGCUUUGGAAGUCCCUGCACAAAUCCUCUGACUGAUGCUGUGCAUGAUAUUGAAAAACUGGUUGGAAAUCUACCAAACGAUUACAUUAUGCGCCUGAAACGUGUCCCAGCAAAGGAUCAUCUGGCAAAACACUGCUGGUUAUACGUGAUGGUGCAUGAAUUGUCAAGUCGCCUCGAAGCACUUGUAAACAGAUUCUCUAAUACAUCACAAAAUUAUAAAAUCUUAGGAGACCUGUCCCUAAUUUUCCGAGAGAUCAGGAACUGUGUCAAUCUCAAUGAGCAAAUGGACUUUAUCGAGGAAUAUUUAGAUAAUGUCUCAGAUGGGGAAUUUGUACCCAGAGAUUUUUUUAACUCUGUGACGAGCACAUUUGAUGUUUUCAAGGAUAUAAACAAUACAAAUUAUAAUACUACAUGUGAGCUACCUACAAGUGAUCCCGAGUUAGGGGAUUAUGUCACAAAUAUAAACACGCAAUAUGCAUCAAGCCAUUUACGAAAUGGCACCAGAAUUGGGUACACAGAGCCAAGUGAAAUGAACAGCAGGGUGCCAUUACAAUGGCCAAGCAUAGCAUCAAUAGCAUUGAUGUCUAUAGUCAUUGGAUUUGCCUUUGGGGUUUUAUGUUGGAAGGUAAAGCACAGAAGAGGUCACACAGAAACCGAAGUCCCUGAUACCUCCAAUUAUCAAAGAGAGGCUAAUGAAAAUAUGCUACAGCAAACGGCAAGAGAAAUCUCUGUAAUAUAGACACUUUCAGCAAUAUCUGGUGUCAGCACUCUAUUAGCUUUAUAUCUGGAAAAGUUGAACAUACUCCUUACUCUUGUGAUGGAAAAAACUGUUAUUGGACUCAUUUGAGAUAAAUUCAGUCAUUGCCACCUGUAUCGACACCACUUGCAAGAGUUUGUGCCUCACUGGAUUGUUUACCAUGCACACUUGCCCUGUCUGCUUAAGACAAUAGCUAUGGAGAACCUGUAACAGAAGACAUAUGGAGAACCAGAACUAUGCCAACUAUGAAACUCUUAGGGAUCAGUUCCAUGGUAGAGACAUCAUCCUGUCAAGAUGAAAAACAGAUUUUAGGAUUACUGGAUAAUUUAGUCUGUUUUUCUUUUUUCGUCUGAGUUGUUUUUACUUUUUCCAUCACAUGAUGGAGCAUACAAUGCAGUUGUUUGAUGAAAUAUGUAACACUCCUUAUGAUCCUGACUCCUGGAAUACUGUCACAGCGUGUGGAUAUACCCUUCUGACAGUACUAUAUGCAAAAAUGAAGAAACUUUCACAGUAAGAUAUAUAUAUAUAUAUAUAUAUAUAUAUAUAUAUAUAUUUAUUUUACACACUCAAAGUUCUCCUAGCACAAGAGUCAGGAUAUACGUAUAUACUUUUUAAAUUUCACAUAAUAAAUAUAUUUUUUUAUAUUGGACACACAUUUAUGUACAUAAAGUAUUAUAAAAUAUUCCACUUACAUUGAGUCGGUAACUGUUGGCUGAAUGGGCCUUUUAGAUAUAAAUUAAUACAAAAUAAUUAUAAAUAAUAUAACCAAAUAGGAAUUACAUAAUCUAUUUAAAUCCAUUUCACUGGGAAUUAUGGUGGCAUAGCUCUGAUUGCAGUCAUACAAUGAGUUGAUGACAGUAUUUGUGCCACAAAGAAUGUUUUUCCAGCCAAGUACCAUGGUAAAUUAGGACUGGUGACCGUGUAAAAAAAUGCAUUCAAUUAAUGCGUUGAAUGGCAUAACAAAGGGGUCUGUAUUUAUAUACAAUUUAAAUUAUUUAUUGCAACCAUUUACUAUAGUAAAAAUUGUGAUCUUAAAUACUUUAUUACAAAUCUGACAUCAUAACACGAAUUAUUCAUUUAAAAACAUAUGCCAGUAGUAACAUUUGCUUGCAGUGCUUCAAUGGAAUCGGUUAUAUUUUGCUUAAUUUUCACCUAGACCAAUAGUCUUGACAUGACUAUUCAUGAAUUAUAUAUAUUUUUUUAUCAUGUUCUAUUUAGAGAUGAGCGUAUCGAAUCCCACGAAGUGGAAUUCGAUCUGAAUUUCAGGAUAAAUUUGAUUAGUCUAGAAGCCGAAUUUCCUCGUGCUUCGUGUCAGCGAAUCGAUUUAACCUGAAAUAGUAUGAAAAACACAAAUUCAAACUUGCCACCUCAAUUUGCUCUUGACGGG